UCACACAACAGAAACAUGAUUGGGUAAAAAAUUGUUUUAGUCUUGCAACACCGAUUGAACCCCCUAACUGUAGUAUGUUUUCCUUGUACUCUUGGUAAGUACGCUCUCGCGGUUCAGCCAAUCAGUAACCAGACUCUUCUAGGCGGUUCUACCUUCUAUUGGCUAACAACUUCCACGCUCAAACUCGGUCACUUUAGAAAAAAAACAGGAGUUAAUUCAUAAAUUUGUCAAUUUGUCAUACGCGUCGGAGAUGUGUCAGUGGGUGAUCGUUGCCGUGUACAUAUUUGUGUCGUAAAUGUGGUGUGUUACAGUGAUAAUGAGAAAACUUACGCUGGGCACCAUUAUCAUUAAGUGAUGAAUGCUUUUUAAGUUCAGUGUCUCGUUGUAAUUGUUUUCAUUUGUAUGUCAUCGGACUUGGCAACAUGGCGGCCCCCCGUCAGAAAUCACAACAGAAAAACAUCUCUUCGAUAUUUUCGAAACUGCAUGGCGCCUUUUCCGGUGCCGUGUGCCCUACGAAGCUGGCGACGGAUAAAAGAACCUUGAAUAAAACCUGGGAGUUGAUGGAUAAAGUGGUUAAACUGUGUCAGCAUCAUAAGAUGAACUUGAAAAACAGUCCUCCUUUCAUUUUAGAUAUUUUGCCGGACACAUAUCAGAGACUGCGUAUUAUUUAUUCUAAAUACGAGGACAAUAUGCAGGCGCUGAAUAGCAAUGAACAUUUUAACAUAUUUAUUAUAAAUUUGAUAAGGAAGUGCAAGCAGGCUAUAAAGUUGUUUAAAGAGGGGAAAGAGAAGAUGUUUGAUGAGAAUUCUCACUACAGGAGGAAUCUGACGAAGCUUAGUUUGGUGUUUAGUCAUAUGCUGAGUGAGCUGAAGGCUAUGUUUCCGAACGGGACGUUUGCCGGCGACCAGUUCCGCAUAACGAAAAGUGAUGCUGCAGAGUUCUGGAAAACCAACUUUGGAAACAGCACCCUGGUCCCCUGGAAGCUGUUCCGGGAAGAGCUGAACAACGUGCAUCCAAUAUCAUCAGGCUUGGAAACCAUGGCCCUAAAGACCACGAUCGAUCUCACUUGCAACGACUUCAUAUCUAAUUUCGAGUUUGAUGUCUUUACUAGGUUAUUCCAGCCUUGGAGCACGUUGCUGCGGAACUGGCAACUCCUGGCGGUGACGCAUCCCGGCUACGUCGCGUUCCUAACAUACGACGAGGUGAAGGCGAGGCUACAGAAGUACAUACAUAAGGCUGGCAGUUAUGUUUUUAGAUUAUCGUGUACAAGACUGGGCCAAUGGGCAAUAGGUUACGUGACCGUGGACGGUGAAAUUCUCCAGACCAUCCCGCAGAACAAGAGUUUGGUGCAAGCACUUCUUGACGGGUAUAGAGAGGGAUUCUAUUUAUACCCUGAUGGCAGAGACGUUAAUCCAGACUUGAGCAGCGCCAUCAUAUCUCCGGCUGAAGACCAUAUUACCGUCACACAAGAGCAGUACGAACUUUAUUGCGAGAUGGGAAGCACGUUUCAACUGUGUAAGAUCUGUGCCGAAAACGACAAGGACAUCAGGAUAGAGCCGUGCGGACAUCUACUCUGUACACCGUGUCUCACCGCUUGGCAAAUUGACUCGGAAGGCCAGGGCUGCCCGUUCUGCCGCGCGGAGAUCAAGGGCACGGAGCAGGUCGUCGUGGACGCCUUCGUGCCCCCCCGGCCGCCUAAUGCUUCAGGCGAAAAACACACAAAGACUGCCGUAAAACAAGUAUCCUCGAAUUCGUCAGGUUCAUCAGGGUCUUCGGGUUGCAAUGGAUCAAGCGUGGACGUGACGAUAUCGAGCAGCGCGAGCGCCAACGGCUGGUCGUGCAGGAACACCACGUUCAACGGCCUCACCGACGACAUCGACGAUGCGGAGGACUGGUCGGAGUUCAACGCGGCGCUGUCGUCGAUCGCGGCGCUGCGGCCGGCGCGCUCCCCGGCCGCCUCCCCGCGGCACUCCCCGCGCGCGGCGCGGCGCGCGGCCGCGGCCCGCGAGAACGCGUACGGCGAGCUGCGCGCGCCGCCGCUGCCGCCGCGCAAGAGCCUGUCGCCCGCCGAGCCCGGCCUGGCCGCCGCCUGCAGCGUGCAGGACAUCGCGCAGGCCAGCGCGCAAGAGCCGAGAAGAAGAUCUUCAUUAGAACCCGAACCUGACUCGAGGCAUCGGCUGACCUCCAUCAUUACCGGGUCCACGGAAACUAUUACUGGCAUCAUUGAUACGCGGCACGAAGUACCACCAGACCCAAGAGCAUUUGAGAAGCCGCGACGAGCGAACACACCACAGUCCAACAGCCGACCCCUCCCCGCACCCCCUCCUGAUAACUCCGACGACCGACCCGACAGAUCGGACAGAAUACCUGACAGAUCCGACAGACCCGACAGAUCGGACAGACUACCCGAAAGAUCGGACAGACCCGAUCGAUCGGGAGAAAGAACUGAAAAACCAGAAAGGCUCCCAGAAAGAGAAAGAAUACCCGUACCAACGGAAAGAGAACAUAGGCCUGUCCCGGCGGAAAGGGUUCUUGACAGAAUACCCCCCGUACCAGCAGAAAGAGAGCAUAGGAUAGAAAAUAGAAUACCAGAAAGAGAUAGGGUACCUGUCCCCGACAAUAGAGAGAAAGUAGUGCCUUCAGAUAGACUAGAAUUCCCACCAGUAAUACCAGAGAAACCAGACAGGAUAUUUGACAGGGUUGAAAACAGGGCGCCGCCGCGGCAAAGGUCGUUGCCCUCGAGUACUAGCGGGGGGGACAUCCAGCCGACCAAGUCCACGACGAUGCCAAAAUUCCCGUCGGAAGAGAAGGAUCCGCCGUAUGAAAAUGUGGCGUCGGAGAGGAAUGAAUUAGCUGUUGCACCCAAAAAAUUCAACCCUCUAACACACGACAAGAACGGCCGAAAGUACGGUGAGAACGUUUCGUACGAAAACAUAAAUUUAGAUUACAUCGCUCGCCUAGUAGGCGAGGGUUACCCCAAAGAUAUCGUAGUACGAGCGUUAGGCAUCACUAGGAACGACUUGGAAAUGGCGUGUGAUAUAUUACACGAAUUUGGGUCGAAAGUGUCAAAUAAGUGCUAGUUUUAGUAUAGUUCAAUCGCUUUGUAAAUGAUGGGAAAACGUUAGACUAAUUUUACCUUGGGCUUCGGAUGGUAUUAGACUAAUAUUAUUAGUGCGUUGCCAUGGUAACCUAUACGAUUUGAAAGUUCGUGUCCUAAUAAUAUUUUUCUAAUACCGUUCGAGAAAUUGUGUCCCAUUUUUGGAACACGGUUUAACCUUAUGUGCCAUAUUUGGAACACGCUCGCUUUAAUAAGUUCGUGUGGUAUGCAUCCUUCCUGAAUUCAUAGUACAAACAUUUUUAUAAAUUGAUGUUUAUAAUAAACUUGCGAGUUGCGAGUGUGAUUAAUGUGUUCCAAAUAUGAUAAAUUCAAAUUAUGUGGAAUUUACUGGACAUAAUUGUUAAUGAACUCUUGAAUUUUGUUACACCAGUUUACAAUAUUAAAUAAUAUUUAAAAAAAGUCUAACAGUUUUUACCAUCACUGCCGUCUCAUUAGUUUACCACAUUUUAGUUUUAGCUCGCGUUUGCUCACAAAUUAUCAGCUUUAUUUAUUAAAUCUUCGCAAAUUGUACAUUUUGUGAUAGUAUCAUUAACCUCAAUAUUGUAAGAAUCGUCAUAAUACUUAUAGACUCAUAUACUCUGAAAGCAAUAGUUCGUUCCUACUUCAACUUAAGACGCAUUUCCUAGUAGCUGUACAUUUUCAAACCUGUUUCUUGUUCUAAACAAUUACCAUGUACGGCCACAGACUUUAAUUGUUGAGCCAUUUAAGGUUCAAGCUAAUUUGUUUGUCAAUACUGACGGUAUUAAAUGUCCAAUGUAAAGUAAACCCUAAAUGACUUAAGUAUGUGACUGUACAUAUGUGCAAGUUGCGGAAAGUUUCCAAAAUUAGAAAAGUUCCUGGAAAUUUCACUGGAAACAAAGGAAGCUUUUAUUUUGGAAAUGCAAAGUUCGUAUCCCACAAAAAUGUGAGUUUCCGGAAAUUUUCCAUAAGGAUGCUUCUGAAUUUUUGAAACUUUCUCGUGGCACGUCUGUUAUUGGGUGACUUAAGAUUAAAUGUAAUACAAAAUUUGUGACAUUGGCUAAAAAUAGGGCACCAAAUUUACCAUUUCGUUACCGUCAUACAACUACUACUACUUAUGUUUGAAAAAUUGUGAUUUUAUACAUAUAUAGUAGGUAUUCUGAUUUUGCAGUUUGCUACUUAUUGAACCAGAUUCACAAAUUUUGUAUUGCCUGCUAAAUUUAAGUCACCCCGUAAAUUUGAACUCGUAUAGCAACCUAUGUCACAUGACAACGAAGAAAUAAUGUAGAAAGUAACGAAAUCGUACAGUUUUUUCCAAGACAAUGUUGAUUUUUCAAGAUUUUGAAACCAGUAGCGUAUAAAUUGUAUUUUAAGAUGUGUAAAAACGAAAAAUAUCUUGGCUAUAUGUUUGACAACUGAAGCCGUCAAAUCGAAAAAAAACGUGCCCAUAUGUUUGACAGAUGAAGCCGUUCGCCGGCCGUAGACUUUAUACAUUUAAUCCAUUGAACGCCACGCCUAUCAUGUUUCUUUUCGAUUUUUUUUUGUGUGAGCUUUCAAUAAAAUUUGGUCGGUAUAUAUAGUACCCUAUCUGUACAAUAUAAGCGCAAUUUCACCGUAUGUCCUACAAAUAUUUGAGUUACGAAAAACUAUAGUAGUUUCUUCAGUAACUCUACGGAAAAGGUGUGAUUUCGUUAUUAUACCGGCCAGAAUGUGGAGUGUCGUCAAACCAGGCAAAUUUUCUAACAAAAAAACUUACAAAAUAAUCGGUUCUGAUUUUAUUAUAGAUUAACACAUUUUAUGCCUACAAUCAGAAACUUUGGCAUAGUCAAGUGGUUAGUUGGUUGAAACUGUUAUCCUAUUGUACUGGUCAUUUCCAAAAGAAAACUUACAUCCAUUCAUCAUAAUCUUUAAAAUAAAAGUACGCUACUCAUCAAUUUUAUAAAAAAUAGAUUUAAAUUAAUUAUGACGAAUACGAUUGAUAAUGAUAUGAUUAAGGAUUUUAUUUUCUAUUAGCAUAAUUUAAAUAAUUGAUAAUAAUUCAAAUUAAAAAUCGCCAUUGUUGUUAAUCUCGGUGUUUUUGUAUGUAAAAAUUUGUAAAUAGUUUUUUAAAUGCCUUUUAAUCUGACGCGUGGCGAGAUGUUUCAUAUAACCUAUACGGUUUCAUUUCUAAAAAACGUGUGAUAGUAUUAUAGGCUUAUUGAAAAAAAAAAACUUAAUUCUAUAGACGAUAAAGCACAUUUUUAUAUAAUGUAUUUAUUUUGCUUCGACCUUAAAGCGUAGUUACAUAAACAAUUUUAAUUCCAGUUUUCUUUUUCUAAUCAGUAUUCAUCUUACUCAUAAGCUAAUUUCAUUAAGCAUUGUAAAUAUAUUUGUAAAAUAAAUAAUACUUAUAUUUUCAUAUGAAAAAUUCUGUCUUAAACUACUUAAAUAGUCGUUCAUAUAGAUUAUAUUUUUUAAAAAUAUGUAUAAUGAAUGAUUGUAAUGAGAUACAAAUUUUGACACUCUGACUUAUGACAUUUGCAAUAUUAAUAUUUAGCAUAACUAUUCUACUUUAAAUUGUUGGUGUAAAUAUAUUUUUAUUGUUCGAACUCUGAUACGAACAUCUUCCUUUUUAAUGUAACUAAGAAACUAGUAUAAUUUUAGUUGGACAUUGUACGAGCUUAAACUGCACCAAUUUUUUUUUAUUGUCUUGAAUCCUACAUUUUCUACUGACUUUUAAGAAAUUGACAAAUUUAUUGAUCUACCUAUAAUUCCUCUUUUUGACUUUAAAUAAAAUAGUAGAGAAAUUUUAGCAUUAUAAUUAUUAAAAUAAUUCAACACAACUAUAGACUUAAAGAAAGAUCGGCCAAUGCCAAUUUGUGGUAUUUCGGUUUUUUUUUUUUUAAUUUAGCAAACCUCAGCAAUCGGUGUUUAGUAAUCGAUCGCUUGAGAAAAUAUACCUAAUGGAAAAUACCACAAAUUGGUCUGGAUAUAUUAUCAAUAUCAUAAACGUAGCUGUCAUCUGCCACAAGACGUUCAUCAUAAAAAAUCCAAAUAGCGAAGUCAUAAAUUCAUAUACUUAACUUUAACAAUCUGUUUGUCUUAGGUAUCUAAAGACAUCGCAUAAUAUAUUUUUCGUGAAUAUCCGAAAAGAUGACGUCGACGUAAAGUCAUAGUUAACUUGUGACCAAAAUUUCUUCAAUUGUAUUUAUUUUCUGAUAUUGCACUACGUCAUUGCCGACGUGGCAAAGAUAAUUCAAAUAUUAACCCUAUGUAUGCGCAGUGGGACAUAUUUGACUCAUUGAAAAAAAUAUCUUAAGCUUCAGACCAAAAACUAACUCAAGGCAUAGGCUGUCUUUGCCACAUCAAAUAAUUAUUUUAUUGAUAUAGAAGGUGCAGGAAUAAUUUUAUUACCGCUUAUCGCGCUUUAAAUAACCUGACUGAAUUUUAGUAGUUAAUGUUUUGCUAAUCAAUGACAUGAGAAGAAACAAGCCAUAUAGGUUUUAGUAUUACAAAACUAUAUCUAGUUAUAAAAGAAAUCAUAAGUGGAGCUCUUUUCAUAACUUAAAUUAACUGUUUAAAUUGAUUAAUUCUGGAAAAAAUCGGUGUCUUUUCUACACAGUUUUUUUUUUUAAUUUGAAUUUUGCUCAAUUUAGUAUUCUGAAAACUGUACCAUAUAUGGUACGUCAUUGUGUUUUACUUUUAUAAUGUAACCUGAUUGCUUCUUUAUUCUUGCGUCAUUGUUGCUAUUUAAUUUUCUUUAUAAUAAGUAAUCCAAUCCAUUGUAAUCAUACCCCCGUAAUUUAAUAUUACCAUUGUAAUAAUAUUAAGUAGUUUAUCAGGACCGUAAGGUAUUUAUGAAUAAAUACAUAUCCACCAGUGCGCUAGUCAAAUUAUAUACUUGGGCAUAAAAUGUAUAGCAAAUGUGUGUGUAAUAACACUUCUGGUAUAUUUGUGUUUUCACGAAUUUAUCCGAAGUGAAAUCUUUAAAAAAUUUGCACAAUCUCUAGUUCUAGUGACCCAUUAGAAGUUUAGCUGUCUAAAGAUAAAAAGGGCAAGCAAUUUAAAACGCCAUCAAAAAAAUUGUGCCAAGAUGCAUUGGGAUAACGUCGGAUACGAGGUAAUUUCGAAUUUCUCAAAUAUAUAUAGAGUCCGUCUAUGGGCGUCCGCUAGUGUGGGCGAGUGCACGUAGCGGGCGCACGCACGCCUGAGGGCCUACCGCGAACAACGUUCGAGGCGUUACCUCCCUGUCACACGUACGUACGAAUUUACAAGUGCCACAGAGAGGCAACAUAUCAAACGUGGUUUUCGGUUGGCCCUAUGUUCUUAAACUUAUUGUUGCGCAUUACUCAUACUAUUUUUGGUAAACCCGCUCGUCCGGUCCGUGCACCCGCGCCAGCUAGCGGACGCCGCCCUAAGCUUAAUCCUGUGCUAAUUUCGACAUGACAAGAUAUCAUUAUUAAACGUCAUAUUUAUUAGUAAUUUAACGUGACUCUUCCUCUCUCUGCCACUGUAAAGUCUGUGCAGAGAUUGCUUGGUUCAACUUUACUACAUUAGAAGCAAUAUAGCAAGGCUAUUUGUUACCAAAGUAUAAAGUGGUUUUAGUUUAGUAGAAUUUGAGGUUUUUAAAAUUGUCCUAUUUGGAAUGUUACCUAAAUGCACCUAAUGGAUAAUAUUACACACAUAGCUUUAUAUUCUUGUCCAAAGUUGUAAUAAUAGUAUCUUAUAAUCUUAGGCUGUGUAUACACUAUCGCUUAGUGAAAUUGAAUAUAAACCAUGAUAAAAUAUUAGCGAGAUCAAAAUAAAUAAUGUGUAUACAGUACAAGUCACAAAUACCAAAAGUUUAAUUAUUUUGCUGUAUUAAUUUCACAAUAACAUGACAUGCAUUAUUUAUGUAUAAAAUCAUUAUGAACGCAAGAAAUGUAAAUUAUGUACUUUAUUUGUAUUAUAAAGAAUUAUGGAAAUCAUGUGGAACAUUUACAUUAUGAACCAACACGAAAAUGCCUUUAUUAUUCUUGAGCGAAUGAGAUGUGUCAGUCCAAAUAAAAGGGUAAAGUAAUUUAUUAUUCUGUGGGUCAUAUUUAACCCACAAUGCAGGGGAACUGUUAAGGAUAUUUGGGACAAAUUCGGAUUGUAAAUUUAAUAAAGUCACUUAAUUUAUUCCUGGUUUGGAUUAACGGGCUUUUCCCUAGUAUGUAUCUAAAACAUUAAAUCUAGAGUCGGACCAAGAUAACUCUGCACACAUAUUUUUGUGACAGUGCUUUAGUUUCAUCAUAAAAGUCAAAUGACUAUAAAAUUUGAUAUUUAUGAUGACAUUUCCACACUUUGUUACGUUAAAUACGAUGCGGAGUUAGACUUAGAGUUAACUUGGACAAAAAAUAUGCCGAUAACUGAUAAAUAAGACAAACGUUCAACUUUCCACAGUUUUAUUUUAUUUCUUUUCUAUUACCAGGAUAAGGUCGCAGCGAUUUUGACAGCCCAGACAGUGCAAGUAUUAUUUUAAACGUCAAACUUUUAUGAAAUUAUGACGUUUUUCAUAACACAUGCACAGGCCGGGCUGUCAAAAUCGCUGUCAACUUAGCUUGGUCUGACUUUACUUAGAAUCCAGAGCUCUUUCAAUCCUGAUAUGAUAAAAAAGUGUCCCGAAAUUUCCAUACAUUUAUCGAUCGUUCCAUUCUGUUACUGUUCUUGCUUUACAAAAAUGAUAAUAUAAAAAUGGAAUGUAAAUAAAAAUCUUGGACCAGUUUUUUUCGCCUAUUAAUAUCGAAAGAGCUCGUGAUUCUAAGUAGAAACUACAUAAAAUAUACAAUUGUUAACCUUUUGAACGCCAAGAAUACCUAUAGGCGUCGUUACUAGUCGUGCCCACAGCGCCAAGGACAACUAUAGGUGUCAUGGCGGACGCUGUCAAAGUAACCUUCACACUUUCGAGUAAGGUUUACCUUAGCUCGCUUGCGCCCGGGACCUUGGCGUUUGAGUGAUUGUGUUUUUGACAUAAAGUGUUCAAAAAGUUAAAUGGCCCAUCUUUAUGUUGCCCUUAUAUUUCUUAAUCGAAUGGCAUAAAUAUAAAAAUAGGCAAUUAUUUACAUUAAAAUCAUUCGUUAGUAAUUUAAACGUCAACGUUCAGGAUGCCGAUGCAAGCAGCUGCGUCGGGUGUGAGAUGCAGCAGAUCCUCUGGUGGCCCCUGGUAGGAAUACAGGGGGCAGCGCUGGAUAAUGUGUUUCAUGGUCUGGUCCUCCUCGCCUCAAUCACACAGAGCUGAGUUCCUCCGCCCCCACCUGUGCAAAAAGUCGUUGCAUCGGCCAUGUCCCGUUCUUAGUCUAUUGAGCCCUUAUAUUUGGACAAAUGUGUUUUCGGUUGGUAAUGUAGAAUGAUUAUCAUAUCAAGUCACGUCAAGCGAAUACCUCAUUAUACAAACCUGUGAGUUUACUAACGUUUCUUGUUAAAUUUGGAAGGUACGAUGGGUUUGGAAUGCGAAGUUAGAACAUUUGAUACUGUUUUUAAAGUAAGGACAGGUGUCUAUCUGAUUAUAUAUUACUGUCCUGCUCGCACAAUGGUAUUAACACCGGUAUUAUUCGCGGAACAGGAAUAUAGCUAUAUAACUACGCUUGCUAUCGAGAUAGAAAACAGGCACAAUGUCCUAGCAUUCUUCCUAGUGUUUGAAAUAGUUAUUUGUGUCCUAAGGGAGGAAAAGUAGGAAAUUGCGUGCCGCGUGUAAAAUUGUUACCCGAGCCGAAGUCGAGGGUGGCAAACACGCGGGAUGGAAUGACCUACGUUUCCUCCCGUGGUGCGCAUACUAUUUUUCUGCUCGACGGAGGUGGAAAGCAGCAACUUCGUUUAGCGCAGCGGGAGCAAAGUUAACGCUUUCCGCCCGGAGGACAGAAAAAUAUUUUUUAAUUUAUAAACUUGUGUUGAUAGCGUCAAACCAAGAUAAGUUGGCAUUUUGAUAUCUCAGACGACUCACGGGCUAUAUUAAACGUCAAACUUCUAUGAAAUUAUGACGUUUAUUUGACACUUGCACCGUCUGGGCUAUCAACAUCGCUGCCAACUUAGCUUGGUCUAACUCUACUGUGAAUGAAUCCAUGAAAUUAAAAUAUAUCUUUGAAUGAUCGUACAUAAAGCGUAUUUUAAUGCGGCGUUUGUCAUGCGUUAAAUUAAAAAAAUAAGAUAAAACAUACGUUGGUAUAAAACGAACGUUUUACCUCGUCUUUAUCACCAAAAAAAUAGUUUCAAAUGUUCAAAAGAGUACUGACAAUAUACAGGUUUGAAUUAAUCUUUUUAAGUUUUUGAUUAUGUUGAAUUUUUCGGUGGAUCUGUAUUUUUUACCAGUUAAUGAAACUAGCUUACGGAUCCACGAAAAAAAACGCAGUUUUUUUGUUUUUUAAGUUUUGUUUUUCUUUACGUGGAUCCGUGGCGCAUGAAGGAUUGUUUAGUUGGUAUUUGUUCGAAUAUUUGGCCACGAUUGGAUUGUUGCUGAGGCUGUCUGGUUUACGCUUUAGUAAGGAUAUGUUGCAAAUAUAUUAUAAUUCGGUAAAAUUA